CAUACCCCUGAUUUCUGGGACUCCCACAGAGUCGUAUCAUUGCAUUACUGCUGCAGAGAUCGCCUCGGCUGAUCUUCACCCAUCGCUCCUCUCUCGUGCAAAUCUUCGAUUGUGAGAACAAGGACAACCCAGGUGGACCCGUUCGGUUGGAGUCUUGCCGUGCUGCCCGCGCUGCCGUCAUCCUCAGCCCUAACAAGCGUUCCCUCGAUACACCCCGCCGUUGUCAUUCUUCCAUCAGCCGCACCCUAACAAGCAAAACCGACUCCAGCCAUUUGCACUGCACCUGGACACAGCACGAGACAAUCCCCUUGGCCAUCGCACAAGCCAUCGAGCGCGUUUGUUGCUGAUCGCUGAAGUUGGGCUUGUUCCGCCACGCGCGUGCGAACACUCCACGGACCUCUAGCUUGGAUACACAGACACGCCCUCCACUCCACUCCACUCCGCUCUAUCCACCAUGUCCUACAACGGCGGAUUCCCGGGCCAGCAGUACCACAACAGUGGCUACAGUCAGCCGCCGCAGCAGAGUUACGGCGCUCCUCCACCGCAGCAGAACUACGGACAGCCACCUCCGCAGCAAGGAUAUGGCCAGCCACAGUACAGCAACUACGGACAACCAACGCCUCCGCCGCAACAAUAUGGCUACAACCAGGGCCCGCCUCCCCAGCAGUAUGGCUACCAGGCGCCCCCACCACAACAGCAGCAGCAGCAGCAGCAGCAACCGGUUCGACCAGGUGUGAUGCCCACAGCGAGUCACAACCAAUGGACACAAGGCAACCACAAUGCUCCCCCACCACCUCCUACAAACGACCAGCAAUUCGGCCACGGCGCGCCCAACGGCUACUCGUUCAAGUACUCGGCUUGCAACGGCAGGCGCAAGGCUCUUCUCAUCGGAAUCAACUACUUUGGCCAGCGGGGACAGCUCCGUGGGUGCAUCAACGACGUCAAGAACAUGAGCACAUACCUAAACGAGUUCUUUGGAUACAAGCGCGAAGACAUGGUCACCUUGACCGACGACCAGCAGAACCCCAUGAGCCAGCCCACGAAGGCGAACAUCCUGAGGGCAAUGCACUGGCUGGUCAAGGAUGCACGGCCAAACGAUUCUCUGUUCUUCCACUACUCAGGACACGGCGGCCAAACCAAAGAUCUCGACGGCGAUGAGGAUGAUGGCUACGAUGAAGUCAUUUAUCCCGUCGACUUCCGCACCGCCGGCCACAUUGUCGAUGAUGAAAUGCACCGCGUCAUGGUCACUAAUCUGCAACCAGGCGUGCGCCUAACCGCCAUCUUCGACUCCUGCCACUCGGGCUCCGCUCUCGAUCUGCCAUACCUCUACUCCACGCAGGGUGUGCUCAAGGAGCCGAAUCUCGCCAAGGAAGCAGGCCAAGGCUUGCUGGGUAUCGUGGCGAGCUAUGCGCGCGGUGACAUUGGCAGCAUGAUUGGCGGUGCGACGAGUCUGUUCAAGAAGGCCAUGUCGGGCGACGACGUCUACAAGAAGAACAUACGAACGAAGACCAGUCCCGCGGACGUCAUCAUGUGGAGUGGGAGUAAGGAUACGCAGACUUCGGCCGAUGCGUCGAUCGGCGGUGAAGCCACGGGUGCCAUGUCGUGGGCCUUCAUCAACGCGCUCCGCAAGAACCCCAACCAGAGCUACGUCCAGCUGCUCAACAGUAUCCGCGAGGAGCUUGAGGGCAAGUAUCAGCAGAAGCCGCAGUUGAGCUGCAGUCACCCUUUGAGUACAUACCGACCUCCUGUACGUAAUGUAGACGUAUCUUGUAGAGCAUGGAAGGAAUAAGCUGGAUGUGUUUGAGCGCUGACGGGGAAUGAAUGAUACCAUGGGGUCUCUGAAUAAUGGGGCAAAAAUACUGGCACAGGAUUGUCCUUCUUUGUGUAAAUACUUUUGAGUAAUUCGCGGUGUGUUGUGUGAGCUUGGGGCGUUGAUGGCAAGGGACAUGGAACUACCUGUUAGACCUCAAUGCAUUUUCCAACACUGACAAUGAGAUUGUCCGAGCGAACGGUUUGAGAAAGUUGGAAAUAUUUGAAUACUUCCACAGACAGUAAUGAAUGCAAUGACUG